AUGUUUGCUUACUUGUCGCUGUUAAGUGCUAUUCUUAUUUCUGCGCAUCUCACUGAUAGUGUUGUUGUUGCUCCAGAAAAGGUGUCGAAUAUAUGUUCGACAACAGUUGUUGAAACAAAAAAUGAUACUUGUCCACAUGGCCCAACAUUUAAUAUUCUGAGUGAAUAUGAAAAAUCGGCAAGCGAUUGGAGAAUUGAUUUUAAUGAAUUACGUAUAAAAGGUUUGAACACGCCUGAUCAAGUUGAAGAUCAUAUCAAAACAAGAUCGGAUAAUGGUUCACCAUGUCUUUAUCAACGUAAAGUAGAAAAAAAAGUUUGCUGCCAAGGAUGGAGAGGCACAUCAUGUGAUGAACCUAUCUGUACGAUUGCUUGUGUUCACGGUCAAUGUGUUGGACCAGAUACAUGUUCGUGUAAUAAUGGCUAUGCUGGUGAAGGAUGUCAAUAUUCUCAGAAUGAUCCUCGUCUUGUUCAAUGCUUUCGUAAAGACGAUUGUAGUAUCCCAUCACGUAUUGCCAAUGAACCUAUGAGUAUAUCUCAUUGUUGUGGUAAUCAAGGUGGUGUUGCUACAGCAUCUGCCGAUGGUUCAUGUAAAUUAUGUAAUACUAAUGAUAAAGAUAUUGCUAAUAUUACUUCACACGCUCCUCGAACAUUAAAUUAUGCAACAUGUGUUUUAUGGGGUCGUGAUCAUAUUCGAACAUUUGAUGGACUUAAAUAUGAUUUCCAGGGAACUUGUCAAUAUAAAUUAACUGGUACAAAUAAUUGGGAAAUUGUUGUUCAAAGUGAAAAUUGUGAUCAAUGGACAACAUGUAAAAAAACUUUAAGUAUUACAUUUGGUGGACUUCGUAUUUCAGCUCGUGGAAAAAGUGUUAGUGUUAAUGGUGCUGUAUUGAAUUCAACUCAAGGAUAUGUUAAUGGACCACUUACUAUUGAGCGUCGUACAGAAGAUUAUACUUAUUUACGUUAUUCUGAUGGUGUUCGUUGUAAAUGGGAUAAUGACAUGACAAUUUAUGUUACAGUUGAACAAACAUAUAUGAAACAAGUUAAAGGUCUUUGUGGAACAUAUACAAACAAAAUUGAAGAUGAUCUUGAAUUACCUGAUGGAUCACUCAGUACUUCAGUAACUAAUUUUGCUAAUGAAUGGCGUACUGAUAGUGGUUGUGCAACAAGUGCUAUACCAAUUGAUCCAUGUAAUACUCCAGAAUUACAUUCUAGUGCUGAAAUUGCUUGUCGACCAAUUCGUGAUCCAUUUGAUUCAUUUAAAUUAUGUAAUCGUGUUAUAAAUGAUAGUCAUAUAUUUGAAGCAUGUAAACGUGAUCAUUGUGCAUCAGCUAAAUAUGGUACACAUUCUCAACAACAAGCACUUUGUUCAGUAUUUGAAGCUACGGCACGUGAUUGUGAAGAUAAUUAUAUUCAUGUUAAUUGGAGAAAAUCAGAUCGUUGUCCUAAAACAUGUUAUAAUGAUAAAAUUUAUACAGAAUGUGCAACAUCAUGUCCGGCAACAUGUCAAAAUCAUCGACAAGAUUUUCGAGAUUCAUUAGAUUGUUCAAAAGAUUGUGCACCAGGUUGUGUUUGUCCAGUAGAUACAGUAAUUGAUUUAGGUCGUAAUGCAUCAUGUGUUAGAUCUGAUCAAUGUACUUGUUAUUAUCAUGGAAAAUAUUACUUACCAAGACAAACAAUUGCCAUUGAUUGUAAUGAUUGUAUUUGUAAUGGUGGUACAUGGAGUUGUACAAAGAAAUUUUGUUCGCGAACAUGUUCAAUAACUGGAACUAAUCAUAUUCAAACAUUUGAUGGAAAAAAUUAUGCUGUUCAGGGUAGUUGUGAAUAUAUUUUAGUUCAAGAAAUUCAUUCAGCUACUGGUCUUUAUGUAGCAAUGACAAAUGCAUAUAAAUCAACAUCAAAUUAUAAAGAAUUAACUGUUAAAAUUAAUCAAACUUAUGUGUCUAUUAAAGAUAAAAAUGUUCAUAUUAAUGGAGAAGCUCGUUCAACAUUACCAUUUAAAAAUGAACAAAUUACUGUUAAACGUGAAACAACUGUUUUUUUUGUGCUUACUGGUCGUGGUUUCCAAAUUCAAUUUGAUGGUAUUCGAGUUUAUGUUCGUUUAGACCCAAUAUUCGUUAAUAAUACACGUGGCUUAUGUGGUACUUAUGAUUUUAAUAGUCAAAAUGAUUUCUUAACACAUAUAUCAAUUGUUGAAACAAAUAUAAAAACAUUUGCUGAUGAUUAUACAACGAAUCCAGCAUGUUCAACUCCACCACAACAACAUCCAUGUCAACAAAAUGUUGUUAAUGCAAAGCAGGCACAAAAUAAAUGUGCAAUAUUAAAAUCAGAAUUAUUUGCACCAUGUUCUUCUGCUGUUAAUCCAUCUCAAUUUAUUGAUAAUUGUGAAUUUGAUUUAUGUGAAGAUGCAAAUGCACAUUUUCAAAAUAUAUAUUUUUGUUCAGCCAUUGCUGCAUAUGCACAUGAAUGUCAUUUAGCUAAUAUUACAAUUAAUUGGUUAACUGAUUCAAGAAUUCAAAGUGCAUGUCAAGAUGCUCAAUAUGGACAAUGUACAGGGGGUGCUGUUUAUAGUGAUUGUGCACCAAAAUGUUCUCAAACAUGUCAUCAACUAACAACAAAAUCUAAAACAUGUUAUGAACGAGAAUGUAUUGCUGGUUGUUCAUGUCCAAGUCAAACAUAUUUAGAUACAUCAAAUCAAGAUAAACCACAAUGUGUUCCACAACGUCAAUGUUCAUGUUAUGAUUCUGAAAGUGAUAAAUAUAUUAAAGCAGGCGGAAGUAUAACAAAAUCAUGUGGAAAUUGUAAAUGCGAUAAUGGUGAAUGGAAUUGUGGAUCUCAAGUAUGUGAAAAAGCUGUAGCUUGUCCAGCAAAUCAAAUUUAUUCAACAAAUGCUUCAUCAUGUCCUCAAACUUGUGAAAAUAUGAACUCUUGGAAAGAUUGUGGAAUGACAUUUGAAGGUUGUACAUGUCCAGAUGGACAAGUUCUUAGUCAAGAUUUAAAAACUUGUGUUGUUGCUAAAUCUUGUCCAUGUCGAUAUGCUGGUCAUUUAUAUGGUUCUAAUGAAGUUAUCAAACGAGGUUGUAGUGAAUGUCGUUGUUCACGUGCAUCAUGGUCAUGUGUUGAACGUAAAUGUGAUGCAACAUGUUCAGCAUCUGGUGAUCCACAUUAUUCAACAUUUGAUGGUCUUCGUUAUUCAUAUCAAGGCAAUUGUAAAUAUAUAUUAACACAAACAAAAGAUAAAUUAUUUCGUGUUAUAACUGAAAAUAUUCAAUGUGGUACAUCAGGUGUAACAUGUGCAAAAAAUAUUCUUAUUAAAUAUAAUAGUUUAGCAAUAUCGUUAAUGCGUGGUCGUGAACCUAUUGUUAAUGAUGUUGAAAUAACAGAUUUAACAUUAGGAAGACGUAUAUUUGGUGAUGUUGCAUUAAUGAAAUCAGGUUUAUUUGUUUUUGUUAAUUGUUCAUAUUUUACAAUUAGAUGGGAUGGAAAAACACGUGUUUAUGUAACUAUUCAUGAUAAGUUAAGAGGUCAAAUGGCUGGAUUAUGUGGAGAUUUCAAUGGUGAUUCAAGUGAUGAUCUUCAUACUGCUAAUGGUGUACCAGGUAGUAUUAGUGAAAUGGCUGAAUCCUGGAAAGUUGAACAAACAUGUGUUACUGGAUCAUCACCAGUCAUGGAUUCAUCAGCACCAUGUGCUAAUUUUGAAGCACGUAAAGAGUGGGCUGAAAAAGCAUGUUAUAAGAUUAUUGAUAAAUCCGAAACUAAUCCAUUUUUACCUUGUAUUAAAAAACUUGAUGAAACUGUUGUAAGAUCAUUCUAUAUUGAAUGUCUUUAUGAUGCUUGCCAUUGUGAUACUGGUGGUGAUUGUGAAUGUUUGUGUACAUCACUUUCGGCAUUUGCUGAAAAAUGUCUAUCAUAUGAUGUUCCUGUUAAAUGGCGUACACAAGAUCAAUGUCCAAUGCAAUGUGAAUAUGGCAAAAUUUAUAUGUCAUGUGGACCAGUUUGUCAACCAACAUGUAGAGAUAUUUAUUUAAAUGAUAGUUAUAAUUGUGUAGAAGCUGGUUGUCACGAAGGUUGUUUCUGUCCAGAAGGUCAAGUUAUGGAUGAAACUGGUGCAUGUGUUAUACCGUCAGAAUGUCCAUGUGUUGAUCAAAAUUUGGCUUAUCCUGUUGGAUCGAAGAUUAUUCGUAAUUGUGAACAAUGUGAAUGUAUGAAUGGUACAUUUCAUUGUGAAAAAUUACAUGACUGUACACCAAAAUGUUCAAAACGUGAAUACACAUGUAAUACAACAGGAAAGUGUAUUCCUCGUCAAUGGGUAUGUGAUAAAAUCCAAGAUUGUGAAGAUGGUUCCGAUGAAUAUAAUUGUAACUGUACAAGUCAUGAUUUCUAUUGUGAAAGUGGUCAAUGCAUAAAACCAACGUAUCGUUGUGAUGGUUUCCCACAAUGUCGUGAUGGAUCUGAUGAAUUCGAUUGUAAUUAUACAGUUCCAUGUACGGAAUUUGAAUGUGAUAAUAAACGUUGUAUACCUGAAUCUUGGCGAUGUGAUGGUGUUAUUGAUUGUUCACAUGAUGGUCGCGAUCGUUCUGAUGAACGUCAUUGUAAUGCAACAAAAUGUGAUACAGAUAGUGGUCGAGAAUUUCUUUGUAAUAAUAUGCCAUCUGGUCAAUGUUUACCUAUAGCACAAUUAUGUGAUGGUCAUGAUGAUUGUGGUGAUGGAAGUGAUGAAAUAAAUUGUAAUUGUACAUGUAGUCAACAUACAUUUGCAUGUAAAGAAAUUUGUCAAUGUAUACCAGUUAAUCAAGUAUGUGAUGGUAAAAUUCAAUGUCAAGAUGGUUCAGAUGAAAAAAAAUGUAAAUGUAAUCAAGGUGAAUAUACAUGUAAUGGAGGAUCAUGUAUUAAUGCAACAAAAUUAUGUGAUGGACAAAAAGAUUGUCCUAAAGGUGAUGAUGAAUUACAACCAAAUUGCAAAUUGACAACAAAGAUUCCACCAAGUGCAACUCAAACAACAAAAAUUCUUUCAACAUCUAUAAGUCCCGUAACAACAACACCAUUUUGUAAAACUCGUCUGUGUCUUGUAUUGAAUGUUGAACGAUGUAUACCAGAACAUGAACUUUGCGAUGACGAAUCAUUUUGUACUGAUGGAACAGAUGAAAUUCCAAGUUUAUUUCCUAAUGCGGCUCAAUGUCAAGCAACUCCAGUUGCAACGGUAACAUCACAAACUACAACAGUUGCCAAAGAAUGUCCUGCACCAAAUAAAUAUAUUUGUGGUUUAUGUUUGGAACCAGAACGACUCUGUAAUGGUAUUUGUGAUUGUAAACAGGGUUGUUUAGAUGAAAAGAAUUGCACUACUUGUACAUUGAAAUGUAGAGGAUCAAAUGUUUGUAUUUCACCAGAACAAAUCUGUGAUAAAAAGUGUGAUUGUGCUGAAACAUGUUCUGAUGAACAAGAUUGUGUCAUGCCUACUCCACGACCAUGUACACAAUUUAAAUGUGAUGCAACAAAAAGAAAUCCUACUGGUAAAUGUUUAAAUCUUACACGUGUUUGUGAUGGUUAUCCUGAUUGUGUUGAUGAAACUGAUGAACCCGAAGAUCUUUGUAAAUAUACAACAGCUCAUGUAGCUUCGAUACCUUCUUUACGAACAACAAAAGUUCCAGAAGUGUGUACUGAAAAAUCAUCAACAUAUCAAGCAUUUCCAUUGAAUUCUCCAUUAGUAUUAUCUGUUUCAUCUCCACAGAUAUCAGAUUUUUCACAUAAUCGUGAAAUAUCAUCAAAACAUCCUAUAACAAUUCCGGGAGCAAAGGGUAUUCAAGUAAUAGUUGAGUUUCCAUCACCGUAUCGUGUCAUGACAGUAAAUUUAACAACAACAAAAAAACUACAAUACUUCCUUGGUCAUACUGGUGAACAAAAUCCACAAAUAAACGCUGUAAUAACAUCCUCACCAAAUCGUCCAGUUUUUGAUUAUUUAAUCACUAUUGUUCCACCAUCCACACAACCAAGUACACAACUUUCUCUUGCUAUUCUUACAUCAGGAAUAACUGAUAUUACAUCAUUAACAAUUACGGCUUGUACAGCAUUUAGUACACCAUCAAUACAUCCAUCACCUACAACACCAUAUCACUGUGAUGAUGAAAUGGGUCUUCGAAAUGGUCUUAUUCCGACAAGUGAUAUAUCUGUAUCAUCAAAAAAGGAUCCUGAUCAAAUACUUGAUACAGUUCGUAUGGGCAAUCCAAAACUUUGGGUUGCUGCUCGCAAUGAUUCAAAACCAUGGGUUGAAGUUCGUUUUUCAAAAAAUAGUGCUAAAACUUUAACCGGUUUUCAAAUUCGUGGAGAAGUAACAGAAAUUCAUAUUCAGUAUGAUACAAUUUCCCGUAAACAGAUUGAUUAUGUCAAAAAUCCUAUUCGACGAACAGCAACAUCAUCAUCAGCAAUAAGUACAAUUUAUUUUGUACAGCCAUUGGUUGAUGUCCUUCGCAUUCGAUUAACGUUCGAUCGAGCUUUAUGUGAAACUGCAAUGAUGGCACAAAUUGAAUUAUUGGGUUGCACAGAAGCUUUAACAGUUUCUCCAGCUACUGCGGGAACGAUGCCAACUGGUCCACAAAUACCAAUAACAAUUAUUGCUGCAACACCAACUACACCAUAUAUAUGUGAUAGUGAAAACGUUCUUGCUAGUGGUGUUAGCAAUAAAGCUGAUGUACAAGUAUUAUUAAAUAAUAAAGUUGUAACAGAGAAUGUCAAAGAAAAUGGUCCAGGUAUUGAUUUGGAUGAUAAUGACGACAUAAUAAUACGUUUUUCAAAAAUGCAAACAAUUGAUUCUGUUGAUAUUUUAUCUGAUUCAAAUGUUAAAUCUUAUUCUAUUUCAUAUACAAAAUCAAAUGCAGAUGAAUAUAUAUUAGUAGAAAAUCAGAAUAAUCCGGAAACAAUAUUUAAUCGAAUUAGAACAAAAACAAUUAAAAUUUUACCAAGAACUAAAAUAAGAAAUCACUUACCUUAUCAUAUACGUUUAGCCGUUUAUAUAUGUGGAGAAUUGGCAACUCCUAUGACAGGUACAUCACCAGCAAUAACUACUGAACGUUUUACAACUAAAUCACCGAAAUCGACACCGACAACUAGCCAAACAGGUUCAUUGGCUCAUACUCCAACUACAGCUAGCAUUCCAUCAUCAAAAGGUACAUUUGUUUUAAGUUUAAGAAUCUAUAUUUCAUAA